AGAGCUCAGGAAGAGAGAGGAAAUGUCCUUUCGGGCGGGGGCCUCGAUGGCGGCCCGUGUGUCCCCCAGGCUCCGCCGGCUCCUCGGCGACGUCGUGGCGGAUUCCCAGAGGGCACCGCGGCGGCCUCGCCUGCGUCCCGCCGUGGGCGUCUGCACGGUGGUGCUGCUGGUCCUCUUCAGCCAAGCCCUGAGAGACGGACGGCGAGACGGGAGACACAGAAGAGACGUCCUGGACUCCACAGAAACCCCAGCGGAGCACAUCGACCCGGCUGCCAUCGACCUCACCUCCCUGGUCAAUACUCUGGUGAACACGAGCCAAUCGGGCUCCCGGCAGCUCUUCUCCCUCCUCAGCGUGACGUCCUACAGCUCUCUGGCUCUGCAUAAGCUCACCCUGCUGGUCUACAACAUUUCAAGCAUUAGAAGCCUGGAGAGCAACAAGUUCAGGAGAAGGUUCUGCUACUGUGUCACCAACGAGACCAACGACCUCACAGACUUCACGGCCAUCCUGCUGGACGUGAUGGGAAACUCCACCAGUUACUUUCAAGAGCUUUUUAAAUCUGCCUCCAUAUUAUCAGUAAGCCAGAGGAACCAUUCGGACUGUAUCUACAUCUGUGUGAUGGCAGGUAAGACGGGCAGAGAGGUGCCCGGGCUGUGGGAGGUGGGCUCCAUCACACCGCUCUUCAACCAGACCAUCGUGGAGGGACCCCACAGAGUAGGCAACGUGUCCUCCUUCAGGCUCCCCGUCAGAUGGAUCGAGCUGCCCUCCAAUGGGACUCAAACAUCACCGUCUGGGAUGAGCUCCAGCCGAGUGCACUUCACCGCACACGUUUCACCAGCUGCUCCGUCAGAGAAAGAAAAGACCAGCGACCAGCAGCCAGCGACCUUCACGCCUCGAGGUCAAACCACGGCAUCAACACCACAGAGAGCUACGGGAGAAGGGGCCAUCUCUCAGACAAUCACAGCAACCCCACCCACCUCCACACUGAGGGUCACCACUGCCUCUGAAGCUGCAGCCCUAACCCAGGAUGGACAGAGCUUCACCAUCCACAGUCGGAGCUCCACCAACGACAGUGGGAGCUCCACCGACCACAGAUGGCGCUCCUCCUACCACAAUGCCCACUCCACCAACCACAUACUAGCUACAUCUACCAUAGAGAGAGCUCCAUCUAUCACAGUACUAGCUACAUCUACCAUAGAGAGAGCUCCAUCUAUCACAGUACCAACCACAUCUACCAUAGAGAGAGCUCCAUCUACUACAGGCACAACCCAACUGGCCACAGCUUCAACAGAACCCAAAUCACCAGUUUUUAGUCCGACCCAGUUAAUCACAUCUACACACCAGAAAAGUACAACCACCCACAGAUCUUCUUCUACAGUUCGUCACACGAGACCUUCCCCCGACCUUCCCUCAGCUGACGCUAUGGUGGAUGGAAGGACUAAAGGAUCUCCAAGCAGGAUCACUACACCCAGCAAGUCUGGCGCGACACAAAAACCAGGUUGUCCGUGGAGGAGGCCCGAGCUGACCGACACCUCCUCCACCUCCUCCACCUCCACAGUCAGCGCUCACAAGCUGCAGCCCUGCGUCCUGGAGCUCUGCAAGUUCUUCUCUCAGUGCCUCUGCAGACCCUCGGGCCACAGGACGCGCAUGAAAAGGUACUGCGAGGACAGCCACCUGUGGUACGAGGAGCACACGCUGGAGGUGUGCCGGCGGGUCCGCAGAGUCUCCUUCUCCAGAAAUCUGAAGCAGAGAUGCCUGACGAAGAUGUGCAGCAAACUGUGACGGAGGAGAAACAAGGAGCUCUUCAUCGCCACAGGACGUGGACCUUCUGCAGCGUGUGGAGGACACAUGAAUGUGGACUGUUCAGCGUGAAUGUUGUGUAAUCUGAGCAGUGAUGUGAUGCUAGUUUUUAGGGCCAAAGACGACCAGAUGUUCCAU